AUGGCUAAAAAAUCUAAACAACAACAAUUACAAGGAUAUCACGUUUUUAACGUGAGCGCCUAUAUCGGUUCGAAAAUCCCCCCAUCACCACCACAACCGAAUAGGUCCAUUCGCAUUGGGAAAGAAGUCAUUAGCGACGAAGAAUUGGUUCGUUCAUCAAGGUAUCACUUCAACCUUGACAUCGACAUUCUCUUGUCCAAUUCAAAUACGACUAGGAAAGCCAUUUAUGAUAGGAAAAGAGGAAUCUUUAGACCACCACGACCUCAAAAUGCCUUCAUGCUAUAUCGUAGAGAUAAGUCAUCCGGUCCCGAAUUUUUCGGACUAAAAUCGUCCGAAGCAUCAACGAUUAUUGGUAUUAUGUGGGGGGCCGAAUCGAAGGAGGUCAAAAGUCUAUUUGACGCCUUGGCAAGGUUGGCCGAAAAAAAGCAUUCCGAAAAACACAAUAAUUAUAGGUAUGAACCCAGAAAACCGUCUGGUCUACCUAAAUCAAGGAAAAAGAUAAUGGAAAGUAAUGAUAAGAAUUCGACUGUCAAGGUCACCAAUUCAACUCCAUUACCUAUCGAGGUUAACAGCCAUGUUGACGGUUCUGUUGAGUUAAAUCAACAUCUUUACCUCCAAUACCCCCAACCAUCCUUAAAUCCAUGUUUUUAUGACUUCAUUCCCAUCAAGUUCGACGAUAAAAAAGUUAACGUAACGGAAGUUCCUUCCCAAACAUAUAAUGAAAAUUCUUUCGAUUAUUCUGAAUAUCUUAAUCUAGAUAUCUGCGAAAGUGACUCAUAA